AUGACAUCCACUCGCUCUUCAAUGCCUUCGUGCCGCGACCUGGACAAUACAUUACGUAUUGAUGCUGGGUCGUGUCGCGGGGGAUUUGAUUUUUCUCUUUUGUUCGAAGAAACUAUUCUGGAAAUUUUACCUAUCUUAUUAAUGCUAAUUGCUAUUCCUGUACGGUUAUGGCAACUCUCACAAAAACGGAACAAAGUCGUUGGAUCAUUGCUGCUUCUGAUCAAACUUGUGGCUUGGUUUGUAUUACUAGGACUUCAAAUUGCCCAGCUAGCCUUAUGGGCUCUUCCGGCCGCCGACAGUACCAAGACGUCAGUUCCAGCAAAUGCACUUCUGACGAUCGGCGUACUUGCUCUCGGUCUGCUUUCAUAUGCAGAGCACAUGCGCUCUGUGAAACCGUCCUUCCUUUUAAACACGUAUCUCUUCUGCAGCCUCCUUUUCGAUAUUGCGCGGUCCAGGACACUAUGGCUGCGAAGCGAAGACGCGUUCAACGAUAUUAUUGCUAUUGUUACGACUAUUGCAGUGGGCGUCAAAUUCUUCCUAUUUGUAAUUGAGGCUGUGGAAAAGAGACAUAUCCUCAAAUCGGAAUAUGCCGGGUAUCCUCCGGAAGCGACGGCGGGUUUCUAUAACCGCGCGGUAUUCUGGUGGCUGAAUCCACUAUUCAAGAUUGGGUUCAAUAGCGCGCUCCGUGUUGAUGACCUGUAUGUUUUGGAUAAGGAACUCAGUUCUGAGCGCCUGCUAUCUCGAUUCGAAGAGAAAUGGAGCAAAGGUAAAGAUCCUUCAAAACUACACCAGCGUCCCAACUUGCUAACAUGGUCAGUCACUACCAAAUCCCCGAACACCCUGCAAUGGGAAUCGAUCAAGGCCGUCAAAUGGCCUCUGCUCGCAGGUGUGCCCGCUAGAGCCUGUGUGGUAGCAUUCAACUUUUGCCAACCGCUGCUUCUAGAAAGAUCUUUGUCUUUCUUCAAUUCACCCGUGAAUGCCUCCAGCAAUAACAUCGGAUAUGGUCUCAUCGGCGCAUACAUCAUGGUCUAUACUGGACUCGCAAUCUCCAUGGGCCAGUACCAGCACCUAACCUACCGCGGAAUCACCAUGGUUCGGGGCGUGCUCAUUACCAUGCUUUACAAGAAGGCCAGCUGCCUCACUCUUAGUGACAAUGAUCCGGCCAACUCUCUCACUCUCAUGAGCGCAGACGUGGAGCGCAUCACACAAGGAUGGCAGACCAUGCACGAGAUUUGGGCAAACUCGGUUGAAAUCGCCUUGGCCAUUUACUUGCUCGAGCGACAGCUCGGGAUCUCCUGCAUCGUGCCCGUGUGCGUGGCACUGUUCGCUUUGGUCGGAUCGUUGAUAGGCAUGUCCUUCGUGGUCGCCCGCCAAGCCAAGUGGCUAGAGGCUAUCGAGAAGCGCAUUUCGUCUACCUCCGGAAUGCUGGGUUCGAUCAAGGGCGUCAAGAUGCUUGGCUUGCAGGACUCGUUUAUGACGUUUGUGCAUGGUCUUCGACUCAGCGAGCUGGAUAUCUCGAAGAAAUUCCGUACCUUGCUCGUGUACAACAUGGCUUUCGGCUGGCUCACUCGAAUCUUUGCUCCCAUCUUUACUUUCGGUGUAUACGCUGGAAUUUCCAGUCAGCCCUUGAAUGUUUCUCGAGUCUACACGUCUUUGUCGCUGUUCUCGCUUCUCGCGGACCCACUCUUGACUUUGGUUAUGGCUUUGAUGUCCUUUGCUGGUGCAGUUGGAUCUUUCCAGCGUAUUCAGCAGUUCUUGGACAAAGAAGACCAUGCCGAUCGCCGACGCAGCCCCGCUCAGACUAUCUUCCCCGAUAAUCUAAGUGAAAAGCGUCUCCUUUCUAAGGCUACCGAUAUCGACAUAUCUUCCAAUAUGUCUGGCUCUGUCGAUUCCUUCAAGCGCAUGAGUGCUUCCUCUGCAAACCCUAUUGUUGUCCAAAGCGGCAGCUUUGGGUGGGAAGCCAACAAAGACCCGAUUCUCAAGGAUAUCAACAUGACCAUUCCCAGUGGCAGUUUUACCGUUAUCAUUGGACCCUCCGGGUGUGGAAAAUCUACCUUGCUCAAGGCUCUUCUUGGAGAACUCCCCUGCGCCGAUGGCAAAGUUGAACUCGCAUCUCCUAGCGUUGCCUACUGCGAUCAAACUCCGUGGCACAUGAACGGAACCAUUAAGGACAGCAUCGUCGCUAUGUGUGACUAUGAUGCCAAAUGGUAUGCCUCUGUGAUUCAGGCCUGCGCUCUGGAAGAAGAUCUUGCACAGUUCCCUCGAGGUGACGCCGCUGUUAUCGGAAGCAAGGGCGUUGCCCUCAGUGGAGGUCAAAGCCAACGUAUCGCGCUCGCCCGCGCCGUCUACGCUCGCCGAAAGAUUAUUAUUCUCGACGAUGCCCUGAGUGGUCUGGAUGCUACCACAGAGAACCAUAUCUUCCACAGCCUCUUUGGACACAUGGGUCUUUUGCGAGAAAUUGAAACUACUGUCAUUGUUGCCUCAUCUUCUGUCAAACGCCUUCCUUACUCUGAUCAAAUCGUGGUCUUGGAAACAGACGGACGAAUUUCUGAGCAAGGAACCUUUGCUUCUUUGAACAAGACUGGUGGAUAUGUCUCAAGCUUUGGACUCAGCUCGCCCGAUUGGGUAUACAAGCCCAAGCGAUUCUCCAAUUCAACCAGUUACAGCAGCAUCGACACUGUCCAAAAGGAGAAAGAGGUGGUGAUUGAGGAGCCAGAGCACCAUGACUCCGGUGGCGAUCUCGGAAUCUACACUUAUUAUAUCAACGCUAUCGGAUGGCUCCCAGCAAUUGUCUUCAUGGUCGCAAUGGCCGGUUUCGUCUUCUGUAUCUCCUUCCCCAGUAUCUGGGUGAAAUGGUGGGCCCAGUCCGACACCGCGCACCCCAAGCAGCAAAUCGGUCACUACCUUGGUAUCUACGUGAUGCUUGGCGCCGUUGCCAUGCUCUCUCUCGUCGUCGGCAGUUGCCAGAUGAUCAUUACGAUGGUUCCAAAGUCCGGCGAGACCUUCCAUCGCAGACUGUUGACGACUGUCCUCAGCGCCCCAAUGUUCUUCUUCUCCACUACCGACAGCGGCGCUAUCCUCAACAGAUUCAGUCAAGAUCUGAUGCUCAUUGAUAUGGAGCUUCCCAUCGCCGCCAUCAACACUGUCGUGACUUUCUUCCUCUGUAUCGCGCAGAUGGCGCUUAUUGGAGUCUCCUCGAAGUACGCUGCUAUUUCCUUCCCCUUCGUCCUUGGUAUCCUUUUCUUGAUCCAGAAGGUGUAUCUGCGCACUUCGCGCCAGCUUCGUUAUCUGGACCUUGAGGCCAAGGCUCCGCUCUACUCGCAUUUCACCGACUGUCUCCAAGGACUUGUCACUCUGCGUGCAUUCGGAUGGCAACACGCUAUGGAAAAGAAGAACAUCGAACUCCUCGACCACUCCCAACGCCCAUUCUACUUCAUGUUCGCUAUUCAGCGCUGGCUCACUCUGUCACUAGACAUGGUUGUCGCGAGUAUCGCCGUUCUACUGAUUGUUCUGGUUGUCGCGCUACGUGGAUCAAACAUGAGUGCAGGCUAUGUUGGUGUUGCUUUGCUGAACGUCAUCCAGUUCAGCCAAAGCAUCAAGAUGCUCGUUACCUUCUGGACUAAUUUGGAAACUCACAUCGGUUCCAUCCAGCGCAUCAAGGACUUCACCAACACUGUUGAGUCUGAAGACAAGCCAGGCGAAGACCAAGAUGUGCCUCCCAAUUGGCCUUCAAAGGGUGCAAUCAAUUUCAACUCCGUCUCUGCAGCCUACAGACCCACUGAGCCAGUUCUCAGUAACGUCUCGCUCACCGUCCAAGCAGGCGAGAAGGUUGGCAUCUGCGGACGAACUGGCAGUGGCAAAACCUCCAUGAUAAUGAGCCUCUUCCGCAUGAUGGAAUUAACCAGCGGCACGAUAACAGUGGACGGAGUCGACAUCACCCGACUUCCGCGACGAGAGAUCCGGUCACGGAUCAACGGUGUCUCUCAAGACUCCCUCCUAUUCAAGGGUAGUGUGCGCCUGAACGCCGACCCAAUCGGCACGCGCACCGACCGAGACAUCCUAGCGGCCCUCAAGAGCGUCCAACUCCUCUCAAUAAUCCAAGAAAAGGGCAACCUGGACACAGACAUCGACGAGAUCCACCUCUCGCACGGCCAAAAACAGCUCUUCUGCCUUGCUCGCGCACUUCUUCGUCCGGGCAACAUCCUGGUCCUCGACGAAGCUACUAGCAACAUCGAUACCAAGACGGAUGGAAUCAUGCAGCGUGUGAUUCGGGAGAAAUUCUGUAAUCACACGAUUGUUGCUGUUGCGCAUAAGCUCGAUACGAUCCUGGACUUCGAUCGCAUUAUUGUCUUGGAUGCGGGCCAGAUUAUUGAGAACGGUGAGCCUUGGACGCUUCUCAAGGACCCCAAAUCUCACUUUAGCAAACUCUACGCUAGCGCCAUGUCAACGGAUGAGUCGGAUUAA